ACCCAGGACCCUACUUCUCGAGGACGUCACAUCUGUUGCUUCCAGCAUGCGCUCUUUCCAGCUCCUGUUCCGGGCCAGCCCUACCGCCCUGAUCCUGGUUCUCUGUCUGCAGCUGGGGAUCAACAAAGCUCAAGAAUACACUCGAAGGGCGAUAAUAAUGGACUUGCAGACACCUCAAACUACAACAGCAGAUGAAGAGGUCACUGUGAAGCUUAGAGUUGAGACAGAGUUGAGAGAAUGUAUGGUGAUUAAAUCCUAUCUCCUAAGCGACGUUCCAAUCGAUGGUGCUUUUAACUAUAAAUUCACCAGCUGCCUCUGUGAAAAUUACCCAAGAACCUUCUUCUGGGACUUUCAGACCAACAGCACCGUAAGAAUAGCAGCAGUGGUUGACGUUAUUCGUGAACAAAAUAUCUGCCCUGAAGAUCUAGCAGUGAUACCCAUGACUGCAAACCAUUUUCACAUCUUGAGGACCCUAAAUAAAGUCUGAUCUUAAUGGAAGCCUUUCUCUCUCUGUUCCCCAACCCCAGGUCACAGGUUUCCCAGGUUUCCUUUAAGGAAACUUAACUGGGGUACCUGUUGUGAUCCGUAAAAUAAACUUCUCACAUGCUU